AUGGCUUCUCGUGGAGACAGAGGUGUCACACGAGUGUUAGAAAAGCUAGAAUCAUCUGUCAAUGCUGGUCAAUACUAUGAGGCACAUCAAAUGUACAGAACACUCUACUUUAGAUACCUAAAUCAAAAAAAGUAUGACGAUCUUCUUAAACUACUGUAUAGUGGGGCAAUUGUAUUGUUAGAACGUGACCAGCAAGGUAGUGGUGCUGAUUUGGCUAUACUAUUGUUGGAUGUUCUGACUAAAUCAGAGACAAAACCAAGCGCAGAAUGGAUCGACAAAAUAGCAAAACUGUUUGAAAUGAUAAACCCUAACGUCCCAGAGAGGGGAACCUUUCUUAUAAAUGCAGUUAAAUGGUCCAUGGAUGAUACUAAGAAGGGCAGUCCAUUGCUUCAUAAAAGAAUUGCAGAGAUAUAUUGGCGUGAAAAAAAAUUCACUGCAGCUCACAGACAUUUCUUGCAUUCCAGUGAUGGAGUGACUUAUGCUACUAUGUUAAUAGAACUCCAUACAACUCGGGGCUUAAAGAGUGAAAUUGAUCUAUUUGUGGCUCAAGCAGUCCUCCAGAUACUUUGUUUAAGAAACAAAGUUAUGGCUGAUGACACAUUCAAUGAGUACACAAGAUCACAUCCUACUAUAAGAAAUGAUAAGGGACCACCUUAUUUUUUUCCACUGCUUAACUUUUUGUGGUUUCUUUUAAGGGCUAUCGAAGAGAAACAGGUAGCUAAAUAUAAAAUGUUAAGAAGUAAAUAUGAACAGAAUCUUAAAAGAGACCCAAAUUAUUUUGAAUAUUUGGAUACCAUUGGUCGAGUGUGGUUCAACAUUGAAACUCCACAAAAUCACCGAAAUACAAAUUCAAUGUUAGGUGGACUAAUUAAGUCAAUUAUAGGUGAUGUAGAAAGUUCAGAUGAUGAGAGUAACAUGGCUAGUAGAGCAAAUGUUCCAGAUUUAGAUUAA